AUGUCUUAUUUUGAUGAACUCAAACUUUUAUUUAACUAAGAAACCUAAUAAAUACCUGAAUUGAGUCGAUUUGAAAUAAAAGGUAUUUUAGGCAAAGGAGCAUUUGCUACAGUUUUCUCUGCUCUAGAUAAAGUCCUUAAGAUUUAAGUAGCAAUCAAGAUGGUAGACAAGAAACUUUUCAAAAAUAAGGAACAACAAGACAUCAUACGACAAGAAGCAAUGAUGCUUUAAACACUUGAACAUAAUAACAUUGUCAAAAUCUUAGGAGUAAGAAUUUUGAUCUUUAACAUAACUUAAGUUUUUCGAGACUUCUUUGAAAUUUUUUAUUGUAAUGAACUAAAUAGAUGGAGUCACUUUGGAAACUCACAUAAGUAAUAUCAAAUCAACUGAAGUGGUUUCUAUUACAAUCUAAAUUCUUAAGGCACUGAGUUACUUACAUCAAAGAAACAUUGUACACAGAGAUAUCAAACCUGAAAAUAUUUUAAUAAGUUAUUCAAAUUCAGAAUUAAAAGUUACUUUAAUAGAUUUUGGUUUGUCAGCAUCUCUAAAUAGAAUUUAAAAUUCAAUGAAUGGAUUGAUGUAUCAAAACUGUGGAACACUCUUAUAUUAAGCUCCUGAAUUAAUUAAAAAAGCUAAUUACACUAGAGUAUUUUAAUUCAUAUUACAUAUUUAGUCAGUAGACAUUUGGGCUUUAGGCAUUGUUGUUUAUCAGAUGUUAAAUUAAGGUUAACAUCCAUUUUAUGAAUGCAAUGAUACAAAAACUAUUUAUGAGAAUAAAAUCAAAAAUUCAUCACUUAACCUUUAGUUUAAUCAUAAUAAAGAUAUUAACAAUUUCUUAAAAAGAACUAUUGCUUAUUUACCUGAACAUAGAUUAACAGCUGAUCAAUGUUUAGAACAUCCAUGGAUUACAGGCAGAGGUGAUAUUUCAGUUCCUAUUACAUUGAAUGAAAUCAUUUAAUGUCAAGUAGAUAAGGAACAAAAUAUUACAAAAUAUAUAAAAGUAAUUCUGUUUCUAAAAUACUUGAUUUUAUCAUCUUCCUGUUAUAAAACACCCUAUAGAAUUGAAGCCAAUAAGCUUAUUUAAACAGGGUCUCUGACAGAACAUAUGUCUGAUCUAUCAACUGCUACUAUUAAUUUUAAGAUACGUCCAUUAUAUAUAAAAUCAUAGACUAGAUUAGAUAAGGAUGAAAAAAAUGAUAGUUUAAGUAAUAGUAGCAGAAAUACAAGUGACAUGUUUCCAGAUACAAUAGCUUAGGUUAAUACACCUGAUAAUAAGAAAAUGUUUAGAAAGAGUACUUCAAUGAAUCCUUAAGAAAUUAUGAUUAAACAAUUAAAUUAAACUCAAAAGAAAUUAGUUAAUUUUCCUAAUAAAGAAACUAGUCCAGCAAUUAAAACAAGAAUACUUUAAAAUCCUUAAGGUACUAUUAGUUCAAGAUUACCUCAUAAUGAUAGUUGGAAGAAAUUACAAAAUACUAAUUAAAAUAGUAGAUUAAGAAUUACAUAGAGACCAAAUUACUAAAGGAAUCCUACAUAAUUGUGA